GGGCCAAUCUUGCAUAAGAGAUCAGUCUCACGGAAGUCAUCGGAGCGAGAGCACGCGCGUGAAAGCUGAACACGCGCGAACGAUUAUGUCACGAUUGUUGUGCGGAUCACAUGGCAAUGUCGUGUGCGCUACUAAUAAUGAUGGUCUAAAUAUGGAAAGUGCCAAGAGAAGUCUCACCGGUUUGACUAACAAGCCGGAAGGACGCGUUCUGGUGCUUUACACAGGUGGCACGAUAGGAAUGAUGAGGAAUGAGCAAGGAGUACUGGUACCAAUAGCCAAUGCAUUUGUCAAGAAUUUGCGAAAAUAUCCACAGCUGUACGAUCGCGAAUACGCCGAGAAGAAAUUCGGCGCGAUGGGACCAUUAGUACUGCCCGUGACCGCAACCGACAAUCGUCGGGUCGUUUAUAACGUGUUAGAGUACACAAAUCUCUGUGACUCUAGUAACAUGACCAUGGACGAGUGGAUUCGCAUUGCUAACGAUAUCAAGGAAUCCUACGAGCACUUCGACGGAUUUGUAGUUCUUCACGGUACCGAUACCCUGAGUUACACAGCAUCUGCUCUGUCUUUUAUGCUCGAGGCUCUCGGCAAGAUCGUCAUCCUGACCGGUUCUCAGGUGCCGAUUUUCGACACCAGGAGCGACGGUCUGGACAAUUUCUUGGCGUCCCUUGUAAUCGCGGCGAAUUACAACAUACCCGAGGUAUGCGUGUUCUUCGGUACAAAUUUAAUGCGUGGCAAUCGGACGAGCAAGGCGUCCGCAACCUCCUUCGAGGCCUUCUACUCGCCGAACUUUUCACCCCUGGCCACGGCGAACAUCAAAAUCGAAGUGGACUACCGCUCGAUUUUUCGCUCGUGCAUCUUGGAGAAGUUCUACGUGCACGCAUCACUCAAUCGAAACGUAGGUCUGCUCCGACUUUUCCCCAGCAUCACGUCCGAGCUGGUGAAAGUGUUUCUUCAACCACCCAUCGAAGGAGUCGUGCUGCAGACUUACGGCGCAGGGAAUGUUCCGACGAAUCGCGAAGACAUCAUCGCGGAGCUUCGUGCAGCUACAAAACGUGGUGUCGUCAUCGUGAAUAUCACCCAAUGCGCGACCGGAUGCGUCUCGGAUGCAUACGAAGCUGGAAAACUGCUAUACAAAAAUGGAGUGAUACCGGGAUUCGAUAUGACUCCGGAGGCCGCAUUGACGAAACUCGCGUACGUCUUAUCGAAACACGAGUGGGACACGGAGACCAAGCGACAAAUGAUGCAAACCAAUUUGCGGGGCGAAUUGACAGCCGGUCGACCGCCGACUAUGCAAGAUUGGGACUUGGUGGAGGCUGUCGCCAGAUCCUUGAGAUUGUCCUCGGCGGCGGAGCUCCAGGAACUGGGAUCAAUCCUGUUUCCGGCUAUGCUAAACGCCGCGGUCAUCAGACGCGAUAUCGUGAAACUCGAAUCCUUACAAGGAUACGGUGCGGAUAUCUCACAGGCGAACGCAGAUGGCCGAACAGCUUUGCACAUAGCUUGCUGCGAGGGAGAUAUAAAAGUCGUAAGACGUCUUCUAAAGAUGGGUGCGAACGUUCACAUUAAAGAUCGUUUUGAUCGCACACCUCUCACCGACGCGAUCGAAUACGAUCGUCACGAGAUCAUCAAGGUGCUGCUGCAGUGUGGAGCGCAUCUUCACGGCGAUGCUGUACAGAUAGGAGAGCGGAUGUGCGAUGCCGCGACCGCCGGAAACACGAAGCGCUUGCAGUCGUACCUGAUGGCCGGCGCCGAUCUGUCGCAGAAGGACGUUUCCGGACGCACGCCGCUGCACUUCGCCGCUCUUCACAAUCACACGGAUGCAGUCAAAUUCCUGUUGGACCACGGCGCGGAUCCGCACUGCAUCGACAUGCUGGGACAAACCGCGACGGAACUCGCGAAAGCCGCACGAGCCUCGGACGCGAUCCGUCUGUUGACGUCCUCCGGACAGAACGGGGUGGUCAAAAAUGCACAUGCAUCGUAGAUAAAAGAUUUUUAUUUUUUUUUAUGACAUAUAGACUCAAAAAGAGGGAUUGUUGUCUUAGACAAAAAUGACGGUUUCUGUCUAAUGUUUGUACGACUUGCUCUAUUCCUCCUAAUUUCAAUUUAAUUAUUUAUAAAAUAAUAUACUGGAAAAAAAAUUGCAUUUAAUGAAAAUUAGUUCUAAGAUCAGUGCGAGUGGGUUUUAAAAACUGAGAAGUAUGUCGUAGGAUUUUGUACAGGGUAUCAAUUCUGUAACUUUUUCGAAAGUAAAAACGGGAAAAGUGAAAAAUUUCCACCA